GUUCAUCAAGCCCAUUCCGUAGCUCGUAUUUCAUCCUCGCAUCUCGUUAUUUUGCGAAAACCCAUUGAAAGAGUAUAGAGUUUAUUUAGUGAAAGAAGGCUUUCCAUCUCUGGUUUACCACUGGACAUCAAUUCCGAAAAAUGUGCUAUAAGUUAAUAACGUUUGAUUUCACGGGGACGUUAAUGCGUUUCCGAAUUCCACCCCACGUCCAGUACGAAAGAAUAGCCAACUUGUACGGAGUGGAAAUAAAAAACAACCAAGCUUUUCGCCAAAAUUUUAAAACAGCUUUUAAAACCGUUGCCAACGAACACCCAAAUUUUGGUUGCAACACUAACCUACACUGGACACAAUGGUGGGUAAAUGUGGUGAAAAACACUUUCAUUGGAGCAGGUGUUGAAGAUAGCCCACGUUUAGAUGUGGUUGCUUGGCAUCUAAUUAAACUGUACAGCACAACUGAAGGCUGGGAAGUGGUUCCAGGUGUAAAAAAAGUGCUACAUUUAUUGAAACAGAAGGGUAAAAGACUUGGUGUUAUUUCCAACAUGGACCCUAGGUUGAAUAACAUUCUACAGGAAGCUGGGCUCAUACACAAUUUUGAAUUUAUUUUGACAUCCUAUGAAGCUAAAUGUUUUAAACCUCAGGCUGAUAUUUUCAAACUAGCUUUGGAAAAAUAUAGCAAAGAAUCUACUAAACCUUCUGAGUCCUGCCACAUUGGUGACAGCUACAAGGAGGACUAUCUAGGAGCUGUUCAAGCUGGAUGGAAUGCUAUUCUAGUGAAUGAGUCUUCCAACUCAUUGGAUAUAAAUAAGUGGUGUGCCAAUUUUGAAAAAUUUGAUGACACACUACUUUCUUAAACUGGUUGAUUAAUGCUUGUAUACACGUUUUCUGUUGUAAUAAAGG